CUUUCAUCCUCCCAUCUCCCAUCCAUCUCCCGCCUUUUUUCCUUCCCUUCCAUCUUUUUCAUCUUCAUUCUCGGUGAUAUCUUCCUUGCUAUCCCACUGUUCACCCACCAGAAACCUCCGAGCUCUCAUCAUGCUGGGCGCUUUCCGCCGCUCCGGCGUCGUCCAUGCGCUGCGUGCUUCCCGGUCUCUGCUGGUCAGAUCGACGACUCAACAGCCACAAUGGCUUGCCUCAUCAGCCCCCGCGGUCUCUCGUACUGCGAGAUCGCUGUACCAUCCCUCCCCUGCCCAUCUUUCAGCCUCUGCUGAGGCCGAGAUCCCGCAAUCUGCCUCUGAAGAAGCCGAGCCCAAGCAACUAGAUCGUUUCGAAGAUUUGGCCACCGAGGGCCUGGUCGAUCCUAAGAUCAUCCAGACCGUGACGAAAAACAUGCGCAUUGAAACCAUGACUGAAGUUCAAUCGAAGACUAUCCGGCAUACCGUGGAUGGCAAUGAUCUUUUGGCUCAGGCAAAGACUGGAACUGGAAAGACUCUGGCGUUCUUGAUCCCCGUCGUCCAGCGGAUUCUCACCGACCCAUCGGUUGCCUUGCGCAAUACCGGCCGUUCAUUCCGGACUUCACGUGUGCCCCCCGAUAUUCGGGCUAUCAUCAUUUCCCCUACUCGGGAGUUGGCAGAGCAGAUUGCCCAUGAGGCGACGCGUUUGGUGUAUGGUACGGGUCUGAAGGUGCAGACGGCAGUGGGUGGCACACACAAGAAGUCGGGUCUGAUCAGGAUUCGGGAACAGGGCUGCCAUAUCUUGGUCGGUACCCCCGGUCGUCUGAAGGAUCUCCUGGAUGACCCCUACAGCGGUGUUGAGGCUCCCAAGCUGUCUGCCCUUGUCUUUGACGAGGCUGACCGUCUGCUUGACGAUGGUUUCUCCAAGGAGAUCGGUGAGAUCACGGCGCUCCUGCCCGACCGCGCUGAGGUCGAGCGUCAGACUCUCAUGUUCUCCGCCACGGUGCCCGACGAGGUUAUGGACUUGGUUCGGAAGACCAUGAAGCCCGGCUUCGGGAUCAUCAAGACCGUGUCUGCUAACGAGACCCCCACGCACAUGCGUGUUCCUCAGAAGGCUGUCUACAUGGAUGGCUUCCAGAAUGCAUUGCCUGCGAUUCUGGAGCUGGUGAAGCAAAACACCGAAGACCUCCGCGCCAAGCCCUUCAAGGCCAUUGUCUACUUGAACUCGACCAUGAUGGUCACCAUGGCUAACGCUGUAUUCAGACGGCUCAAGAACGACCCCGAGAACCCCAGGGCCGGACACCCUCUUGGCCGUCUCCCGAUCUACGAGAUUCACUCGCGGUUGACUCAGGCUCAGAGAACCAGAACGGCCGACCAAUUCCGUAAAGACAAGUCUGCCAUUCUUUUCUCUUCCGACGUGACGGCGCGUGGCCUGGAUUUCCCCGACGUCACCCACGUCAUCCAAUACGGACUUCCCCGCGACCACCAGACCUACAUCCACCGACUGGGACGUACGGGACGAGCCAACAAGAGCGGUGAAGGAUGGAUCUUCCUGCACGAGGGCGAGAAGAGCUCCUUCCGGAAGAUGUUUUCUAACCUCCCGAUCGAAGAGAGCACUUCGAUCCCCCUGGCCCACGUGAACAUGCGCGAAGAGAUCGAGCAAGACGGAUCCGCCUCUUCCGAGACUCUGCGCCAAGUCAAGGCCGCGGUGCAGAACACUCCCCAGGACCUCCGCGUGGAGGCAUGGAAGUCUCAAAUCGGCACAUUGAUGGGACGUUUCCGCCCUGGCAGCCUGGCCCUUCCUUCCAUGGAAGAACUCUCACAGUACGGAUAUGAUCUGCCCCAAACCCCGCACGUUUCGCCCAUCGUCAUGAGGGCCCUGUCAUCAGGCGAUGCUAUGCCCCAGCGUUCCCAGCGUGGUGGCUUCCGGUCCGGACCUUUCGGCGGACGCUCGGGUGGCCGUUCAGACUUCCGCUCGGGUGGUCGUUCUGAUUUCCGUUCUGGAGGUGGCCGCUCUGAUUACCGUUCGGGUGGCCGUUCUUUUGGAGAUAGCUGGGGUGACCGCGGCCAGCGCUCCUCGAACCGUGGCGGUUCGUCCUGGGAGACCAGAGAUGGUCGCCCUCUCUUCAAGCGCGAGAGCGGCCGUGGCAGCCGCGGCAGCCGUGAGGGCCGCGACCGUCGCGAUCGCUACAACGACGACUUCUAUUGAUCCCUUCCGCGGAAAACAAUCACUCCUGUUCGGGACUUGAACGCCCUAACGAAACGCACAUCCCCGAGACCGGCUUGUCCAAGGGCCGGUCCCGGAAACGAGAUUUCAUAAUGUUUUUUUCCCAUCUUGGACCUGUGAGAAAAGUGUUCGAUAUAGAUGGCAUGUAUACUACCACAACAGAUACCACGUGAAUAUGGCAUAGUUCUCCACUCUAGAUAGACUUGUAAUAACAUUCGUCUUGCU